AUGGCACGCAAACGUAAAGUCGUAGAUGAAAAUCCUGCGCAUGCCGGGUCUACUCCCCCAAACAGCGAUGCGCCGAACCCCAUUGCGAAGAAACGAAAGAUUGACUGGUCGGCAGUAGACGACUUCCCCGGCUUCGAAGUCAGAGCCGUCGAUAUCAAAGCGCGGAAGGGGUCAAGCAAAGUAACGACUACAAAGCAAAAGCAUAGUGCAAAUGGUUCGGAGAACAAAUACCCUGGUCAGAACGCGCCUUUGGACGCAGAUGUUGUACAGACAAAUCCAUUUCCAGGACCUCAAAUGGGCGAUAUUCAUGUUAAGAUAUCACCUGCGCGAUACUGGGAGAGUACAAAUCGCUAUCGAAAGUUUACCAUAAACGGUGAAGAGUUCCAAGUUGGUCAGAUGGUCUUUGUGAAGAAGAGCGAACAAGACCACAUCCAAGAAGGUCCCGACUCGAUCAAGCAUUGGCUCGCCAAGGUGCUUGAGGUCCGCGCCGGAGACGCCUCCCAUGUCUACCUUAGAGUAUUUUGGGCAUAUCGGCCAGAGGAUCUACCAGGCGGCCGAAAACCCUAUCACGGCGGAGGCGAGCUAAUAGUUAGCAACCAUAUGGACAUCAUCGAAGCGCUUACAGUGGAAGCCUCCGCAAGUGUGGUAUAUUGGAAUGACGACCCGGACAGCAUGGCACUCCCGACGGAUCAGCUGUUCUUUCGUCAGAGCUACGACAUUACAAAGAAGACCAAUCGAUUGAGCAAAUUGAACACCUAUUGUAUCGAUCGUCAGCCCAGCAAUCCAGAUGAGCUUCUGGUCCAAUGCCCGCAUUGUUCAGAAUGGCUUCACGCGGGCUGCCUCAAAGAGCGAGCAGUUCAAGACGUAAGCACAGGACAAGAGGCAAUACCACCACAACCAAAGAAACGAGGUCGGCCCAGCAAAGGCAAAACCACACAUAGCAAGAGCGAAGGCGCAUGCACGUUCGAUGCAAAGAUCAAGGGAGGCGCCGACAAGACCCGCCUCACAAUCAUAGAGAAGCAGGAGGGAAAGACCACACGCACAUGGGACGUGGACAUACUGUGUCUCGUGUGCGGCAAGAUAAUAGAGGAAGCUAGAGAUAAUGCGUUAGAGGAGCCAAUGCCUACGACCUCAGCUACUCAAGUCGUUGAGGAUGCAUUGAAGGUCGAGGAAGAGGAUCAGGACAACACCACUCCAACCAAGGCAUCCGGCGUUAGCAAAACGCCCAUCCAGGAUGGUGAGGCGGACUCAGUCAUUGGCGACGCAGACGACGAUCAAGACGUUGAGAUCAAGGCUGCGUCAACAAGUGAUACUGAGUCAAAGGGUGAGACCGCCGAACCAUCCUCGUCGGACUAA